UCUCUUAUUCUCUCACUUAUUCGAAUUCACAUCACAGUACCAGUUGCUACCUAGCAUCAAUGGAAACUGGAGGAGGUUUUCAAGGUUACCGCAAGCUCCCCAACGCUACCCCUGCUGGGGCACUGAAGUUAUCAGUCUCUGAAAUGAACACGAGGCAGCAAGUGGGAGAACAGAACAACAACCACUCAUCAGCAGGAACAGAACAGGACAAUGAAUGCACUGUAAGGGAACAAGACCGUUUCAUGCCAAUUGCAAAUGUGAUAAGGAUCAUGCGAAAGAUUCUACCACCACAUGCAAAAAUUUCUGACGAUGCAAAAGAAACAAUCCAAGAGUGUGUAUCUGAGUACAUCAGCUUCAUAACUGGAGAAGCAAAUGAACGUUGUCAAAGAGAGCAAAGGAAGACAAUAACUGCUGAAGAUGUUCUUUGGGCUAUGAGUAAGCUUGGUUUUGAUGAUUACAUUGAACCUCUUACAAUGUAUCUUCAUCGUUAUCGCGAGCUUGAAGGUGAUCGUACUUCGAUGAGAGUUGAACCGAUGGGAAAGAGGGGUAUGGAUCAAUAUGGAAAUGCUUUAGGGGGGUUUGUUCCACAGUUUCAUAUUGGUCAUCCAAAUGGAGGGUAUUAUGGCAAUGCAGCAACUUAUAUGAUGAGUGGUAAUAACAAUAAUGGUGCUGGAGGUUCUUCUCAUGCUGAAGCCAAUGGUCAUCAUCAUCAUCAUCAAUAUAAGUAA